AUGCUUCCGCUAACAUUAGAUAAUAUCAAACGAAUUGCAAAUCAAUGUGUUCAAUCAGCGAAUUCCACAAUUUAUAGUUAUAAAAAUUUAUCCGCUUUUCUGAGGGAAUUAACGGAAAUAAUGGUGGGCACGCAGACAUCGACUGAUGCUGGACUCCAAGUCAUCAAUGAUCUUAUCAAUAAUUCAACUAAAGAACAAGAACUGUUAAAUUUACAAAUAGAAGAAAUAAGAAAAGAGUUCGAAGUAGCCCGAGAAGCUCUACAGAAAGCACAUAAAGAAUACUACGAGGCAUAUCACGUCAUUCCGGGCCGACGAAAAAGAUUUUUGGGAGGUUUUAUUAGCACCGUAGUUAGUGGCGCGCUAAGCAACGUUCUUGGCAAUGUACUGACUAACGUUGUUGGUGGAAUAUUGAAUAAUUUGGGUUGCAUUUUUUCGUCGUGCAGUGGUGAAGUCGAUAAUACAGCUUUUGAAAAUGCCAAAAAGAAAGCUGAAUUAGCAUUGCAACGAUUGAAAGAAGCACAAGGAAUUUACGAUCAAUGGUAUGCAAAAAUGUUAGAAAAACAAAAUAAACUUACUGGAAUCAUUUUUCAAUUGUCACAAUUAGAUAUGAAUACAGUCGAUCAUCAGACUGUCAUUAAUAUUCUUGUAAGUGCGACGAAAGAAGUCAUUCAUAUACAAGAACAAUGGGAUAAAAUGAUUCGAUUUUUUGCUAAAUUAUCUAUGCAAGCUGAACAUACUCAACAGACAAUUCUAUUUGAAUUCAUCGCUGUUAUUCAAGCAGCAGACUUAGCUAGCGGAAUGUUGGAUGAUGCUGAUCGAGAAUUCUACGUCAUGUUAUUACUUGAAACAGCCAAUGAAAUUGAUCGUGGUGCACAUUUAUUAUACAUCAUGUCUAAAACAUAUUACGAUGUCAGCUACCAAUACAUGAUGAGUCAGAUUGCAGGAAUUUCUAGACUUAUACUAACUCAAACGAAUCAAGAACGCGAAAGUCUUAUGAAACAAAUUGCUCAAGAUACAUUGUCGGCAUCAGCGAGAGUUUCUCGUAUGGCAUUGGAAAGACGACAACAAUAUGAGCAGCGCAAUCAAGAAAGACAAGAAGUAUACGAAAGAUUUAUUCAACAAGCAACAUUAGAAGAAUUACAAUCGACUAUUGGAAAAUAA